CGGCAACAUCCUACUUCUACAUCCCGCUUCAACCGUAUUUCAACUCCAUCCAAUAACAUCCACCCAACGCCAAGAAAGAAAACAGCGACAAAACACCAUGGACAUCCCCCUUCCACCGUCGGAAGACGGUUCGCCCCCUCCUCCCGAUAUUCCAUAUCUGGUAUUUGAACCACCUCUUCAGAUCCAGAGACAGCGUGCCAUCCACGACAUUCUGCGCUCAAUUGCUGCCACUCCGCGGUUCGCAGGAAACAUCCCCAGGCUUCUUGACGUUGGCUGCGGCGAAGCAACCUUCAUCCGUCGUUUGGUCCCGUGUGAAGACGAGUUGCCUCUGGGGCAGAUGACAGGUGUCGACAUCGAUGACGAAGUUGCGCAGAGCAAGAGUUGGAUGUUUCUAGAACAGCCGUUUGGGGACGAAGAGGACAGAUGGCGUGGUCUCGACAUUAGGCUGCUUCAAGGAAGUUUCGAAGCGCUGCGGAUCGAGGACGUCGGCUACCAUGAGGUGAUUGUCUCUGCCGAAGUACUUGAACAUCUCGACCCUGGCCCACGCUCGCAGUUUGCACCAACUCUGCUGGGAAAGCUGAAACCGAAGGUUUGCAUCGUCACCACGCCGAAUAGAGAGUUCAAUGCGCUCUUCGACUUCUUGUCGAACCUGGAUCCCAACGCGCCGGCGGCUGAGAGGUACCGUCGCGACGGGGUCCCAUAUCUCAUGAGGCACCACGACCAUCGCUUCGAGUGGACGAGACAGGAUUUCAGAUCCUGGGCGUUGCAGGCGGCCGAGGAGUUCGGGUACGAUGUACAGUUCUGUGGUGUGGGUGGUCUCGGAAGGGGGAUGGGAGAGGUGGGCGGGGAGAAUGCUACCGACGUGCUGCGGGAGGCGGCCGAGGCUUGUGGAAGCCCUGAUUCGUUCCUGAAGGGAACGGAUAAAUGGGGAGAACUGAAGGGGAUUGUCUGCGACGUCGAUGACGACGACAAGGGAGUGGACAUCCUUCGGAAGGCCUUUGGGGAUUGCUCGCAGAUCGCAGUUUUCGUCUUGAAACCACAGGAGGAGUCGGACAGCGACAUCAACGCGCCGUACACGGCUUGCAGUGACGGACUGAAACUGGUGCAGCAUCACUCUUAUCAGUACACGACUGAGGAGUUCCCGCCGUCACUCGAAACAGUCCUUAGACUACUGAUGAGUGAACGGCUUUUGCACCUCAUCCCGGAGCUCAUCCGAGAAGAAUGGACCAGAGACGACAGCGAAAUUCAGAAGGAUAUGUUUCUCCGUAAGAAAUAUGGGAAUUCAUUCAAUCCUAGGGAGAACGUGUGGGACAAACAAGAUUGGAGGAAGCUCCGCUGCGAGGCCCUGCGGGAGACGGAACGGAUUUUUGCGAGCCUUGGUGGCAGGGUCUGGGAGGUCAAAUGUGUCGAGAUAAUCCUGGACGCUUCCAAGUUGUGGGAGGGGUCAUUCAAGCUGCGCAGAGCUUGCCAUUUCAGACCCGAGGCAUUUGUGGAUGUCAUGCGCAGCAUCAAGGCGACGGAGAAGACACCGGAAGUCCUCGUAGAAAACACCAAGAUGAAAGUGGAGCUCAGCCAGGAGGACGACAAAACCGUCGUUACGGCCAGCUUUCCGGCCAAGAGAAGACCCAUCCCCAAAGAGCCCUGGGCAGAGCCGGUAAAGCUGGAGCGUGUCAUCUUCGACGAAGACACCAACGACUACGGAUCCUACGAAGAAGUCGACGAGUUUGACGACGAAUUUGACGAAUUUGAACUCGCGGACGAGCCGGAUGUAUUUGAUGAUGACGAAUACGCUGGAUCUUCCAAUGGCGAUGCCGAUAGGAUCGUUCUUCCCAAGCCCAAGAACCCGGAGUUCCGUUUGCCUUCCCCGGUGAAACGCUCCAGCUCCAGCUCCCCCUCGGAAUCAGUCCUCUCGGGCCACCCAGGUGAAUUCGAUACCGUCAUUGAAUGGGUCGCUCACACCGAAGGCCCCCGUCCCGAGUUGUGUCUACCGCAGUCGGCGGAGGUAGAGGGAACUCUGGAAAUACCCGGCGAAAAACACAUUGGCCAGCUGUUUAGAGUCAGAUUCAUGGGACCUAAGCGGGAGAUUGAGAGUUUCGACGAUGAUGGUGAGGAUGGUGAACCCAUAUUCAAGGAGAAGAAGGAGAUAAAAGGGGUGGGAAGUUGGUGGGAGGCGGAGUUGGAGAAAACCCCCGAGAUGGAGCUUAUGCCUGGUUAUUACAAGGAGGAGGAGGAGGAGGCAACCCCCGAGGUGGCGCUUAUGCCCGAUGACCGCUCCAUCGAUCUACUGAUUUUCCGUAGCUUCGGUGAUACUCCGAUCUGA